AUGAAUUUCCAUCCACACGACGAGCGUGACACCUCAAGUGAGAGCCUCCUCCGGGACGCCUCCGAUCUCGACCAUGAAACACCUCUUCCUCGACGCCAGCGAUGGAAGAUCUUCCUCCACCGGUUCAAAACAAUCCUCUACAUCACUCUCGCGAUCUAUGGCGUCAUCAGCCUCCUCCUUCAAACUGUUAGGUACAUUCAAUCUCAGCAGCCCAUCAAUUGCGAGUGCGGUAGCUCUACAACCGAAGCAGUCAGCAAAGGUUGCAAAUACGACACCAUGUCCGCCGCCUGGCUCCCGGCAGCCUGCCGGGACGAUGAGCUUAGUGCCGAAUUUGACAGAAUGGGCCCCGGGCCCAACGGCAAAUGGUACUACUGGGCAGACGAGAACAGGACACAAGAAUUGACUAUGAAGGAGCUUUCCUUGCUACCAGACAGUAAUCUUCCAUUCUUUACGACCUGGGACUGGCACGUUGCUCAUUGUACUUAUCGCUGGCGGAAGCAAUUGCGUCCUGGGUUCUUGUUUAGUAAGAUGAAUAUAGAGGCUGCGUAUGGCCAUGUUACGCACUGUGAAGAGGUCAUGAGAGUGCAUGAUAGGGAGCAGACUAUUAUGUCUGGAGUGGGGUUAAAUGGGUCUACCUAUUCUUGA